AUGUCUGAAAUUUUAUUUGAAAUUAUAGAAAAAUUAGAUCAAGAAGAAUAUACAAAUUAAUUACAAAUAAUAAGAGAAUUCAACCAUAUUAUUCAUCUAAAAGUUUAUUAGCAACAUGUCUAUAAUUUCUGUGGUUAUCAUGCAACUUAUAACAUCUUACAAUUACUAAACUAUUUUCAUUAAAAGAAAUGUUAUAUCUAUCAUUCAGUUUCAUUUUGGAAAUAUGUCAAAUCAGUCUAAAAUUAUCUCAAAUUAUAUAGAACAAAACACAAUAUAAACCAUGAACCUUGGAGUAAUUAUGAUAUUGAGCAUGGAGAUUUUGAAAGAUGUUAUUUAAAGCCUUGGAAAGAACUUUAUCAUAAUAUUAUUGUAAUAUAAUAUUAAUUUGGACGUGUUGUCAAUAGUCUAAAAGAGAAAGAAUAAAUUGCAUAAUCAAUUUAAGAAUUUAUUAAUUAUUAAUAAGAAACUCCAUUAAUAUAAGCUUAUAUGUUAGGAAUUACUUUUCAUUGGGUUUCCUUUGUUGCAGUAAAAACUAAAACCCAAACCAAAUUCUAUUUUAUGGAUUCAAAAAAUAUUGAUUAUUGCGAAUGGGGAGUUAAUCAAAUAUAAGAAUAUCUUAAUGAUAUUAAUAAUUAAAGAAUUAAAAUUGGUAGAAUUCCUUAUAAACCAUAUGAAUUAGAUAUGUAUUUAUAAGGAAUUCUUGAUUUAUAAGGAUUAAUUAAACUAAUGGUUUAGAUUUUAAGAGGAGAAUUAAAUUUUAAUGAAUAUUUAAGUGAUUCCUCUACAUUAAUGUAUGUAUAACCUUUAUAUGAAUUAUUGGGAAUGUCAGAAUAAUAAUUUUUGAAUGCAAAUCCACAAGAAAUUGAUGAAAACAUCAUUACCAUGUGGGCUCAAGAGUAUAAACAUACUAUAUUUUCUGUCUUAAAAGAUGUAUCUGUUCACUAUGAAAAAUCCAGAAAAUUAUUAACAUAAGUUAAUAAAAUUACAUCUAAUAUUCAUUCUAGGAUAGGAUAAUAGGAGGUUCACAAUCCCUUUUAAUAAUGUCAUGAUGUAAUUUAAGGGUUAGUAGAGAGUUUCAAAUAUUUGUGGAGUUAUUUUCCAAAAGAAAAAUAAAUUAACUUAUAUUUCAAUGAUUCUACUAAUUGUCAACAUAUCUCUUAUAUUACUUAUGUAAUGAAGGCUUAUUUUAGAGAAUUUGUAACAAAAUAACAUCACUAUCAUAUAAGGAUAUAAUUCUAUGAAAAUAUAUUUCAUCCUCAAGGAGGUGGGUAGCCUGAUGAUGUUGGUUCAAUCAUUAUUGGAGAUAAAGAAUUCUUAAUAAAAAAUAUGUAUAAUGAUAGGCAGCAUCAAGAAAGUUAUGUUGAUAUUGAAUUUUCUUAAGAAGCUUAUGAUCUUUUAUUGGAUUGUAGAACAAACAAAACUCCUAUUUUGUAGAAAGUAAAUAGAGAUAUAAGAGUUAUUCAUUCUUAACUGCAUUCUGCUGGACAUUUAUUAUAAGAAGAACUUGUAAAGUUAGGCAAAGGUUUAAAGUAUAUAAAGGGAAUGCAUUUUUAAAAAGAAUCUUAUGUUCAAUUAGAAGGAGAAUUUGAAUUACCUAUAGAAUAAAUACCAAGAAAAUUUGAAUUUGAGAAUCUUUAAUUAUCAAUAAAUUAUUAUACACAUAAUUAAGUAUUUGAGAUAUUAGGAUAUAUCCCUGAAUUUGUGGAAUUCUCUGAUAUGGUUAGAUGGAUAAAGCUAAGAAAUUAAGAUGUAGGAUUUCCUUGUUAUGGAACACAUACAGUAGAAGGAUUACAUACAAUUUAGAUAUCCAAUAUUCUGAAAAAUAAUAACAUAUUUACAAUAUUUUAUAAUUUGUGA